AUGGUAAAACCACCAACGCAGAAUACCAGAUGGUGGAUAAUAGUGUGGAUCCUGUUGUUCCAGAAAUACACAUGUGAACCGGAAGUGACAUGUCCUCAUGGAUGUAAGUGUGAUGUUGAUGUUGUGAACUGUCUUCACAGUAACUUGACGUCAGUUCCUGUGGGAUUAUCAAAUGGUGAUCGCUUGCAAGAACUUAAGUUAGGCCGUAACAAAAUUACAGAAAUCAAGUUAGAAUUAUUGGAAUAUAAAGAGUUACGUCUCUUGGAUCUUAUUAGUAACAAUAUAUCAACAAUAGAUGGCAGUGCCUUCAGAACACUUUAUAAAUUAGAAACCCUAUUUCUAUCGAGAAAUUUCAUAACAAAGACUGACAAAAACACGUUUAGAAAUCUAACAAGUUUGAGGUUUCUCGAUUUAAGUUACAAUAAUUUGAGAUGUUUGAAAAUAGGGAACUUCGAGGAUUUGCAGUCUUUGGUGAACCUGGAUUUAAGUCGUAACCAAAUAUCUUUAAUAGAAGCAGAAUCGUUUCGCUGUCUGGAGAAUUUAGAAAUAUUAAAACUUCCCAGAAAUCAACUUGAUCAGUUUCCAUGGAAAAUCUUUCAAAACCUGACGUCAUUAAAGAUGUUAGUUCUUGACGAUAAUCUACUCACGUCACUUCCUAUUUCUGCUUUCUCAAAUCUCAUUAACCUGGAAUAUCUGAGUUUGACGGGAAAUCGUCUGCAUGAGCUAUUACCAUCAAGUUUUAUGAUGUCAGACGAAGGAGCUAUUUCUUUGGAGCAACUUUAUUUACGAGGAACGGAUCUUGACACGAUUCCUGUUAAACUCUUUGCUAAGCUAAAAAAGUUAACAGUAUUAGAUUUGAGCAAAACGCAAAUUGUGUCUGUGAAAAACGAAAACCUCAAUGGAUUAUCGUCCUUGGAAUCAUUUAUCAUGACGUCAUCAAAUAAUUUGACCUACAUUGAAAAAGGUGUGUUUCAGGACUUGCAUUCGUUAAGAAAAAUAGAUAUAAGUGGAAAUACACUUCUCUCAGAAAUACAAUUCACAACAUCAUCCCUGCGCAAUUUAUCACUAUUUGAUCUAAGUGCAAAUUCCCUG